GUUUUUUUUUCCACUCCGUACUGGUAAUGGACAGUCCUCACGAUGGCAGAGAACGCAAGCAUGCCUGUACAAUGUGCCACAAGCGCUUCGACAGACCGAGUACAUUAAAGAAACAUCUUCUGGUGCACACGGGAGAGAAAGGUGAAGAUCAUCAUGUACCAAUGCGAAACGUGCGGACGACGCUUUGGAGUUGCGUCCAAUCUCAACCGGCACGUUAAGCGAUGCAUACUGAAGCCGGUUAAUGCUUCUCUGCCGGCGCGCUCGUCGGGAACGCCCUCUCCGACGCCGCCGAUGCGCUCUUCGCCGUCUUCUCAGGCCAAACGGCGCCGUCGCGCUCCUUCCCCCACUGUCUGGAUUCCAUACUCUCUGCGCACCUACAACGUCGUUCUCUCGGGGCAUGUCUCGUGUCCCGCUCUCCCCGUCUCACCCGGUCCCUACGACGAGAGGGAUUCCUACGAUCCGCACGUAGGGAUGACUCCGUACCAUCCCAAGGACUGGUCGUGGAAGCCUAGGCUUCCUGGGCCCGCCGUCAUUCUGGGGGUCGGAUUUGGAGUGGGACUGAAGGAGGAGUGGGAGGAAAGUGCGGGGAUGGGGUGGGGGGUAAUCGGUCGGGUGGCGGUAUACUAACUGACAUCGGGUACCUUCCCAACCUGCUGUGAUGUCGUAUCCCUCCUAGUAGUGCUUGGGAUGUAUAUUUUGGAUGGAUCGGAAUUUUCUUGGUUUCAUUCCAUCUUGGACACGGGCUGUACGUGCGUUUUGCUGUUGUAUUAAUUGAAGUAUACCACCAUUUAC